AUGGCACAGGCGAUGGAUCAGCUGGGCUCCGUGGCAGAGGCCACGACCACGGUCAUCGUCAGCGAAGCCGAGAACGUGUCCAGCAGCGAGUUGCUCGACGUCGUGGCCACCGUGUCGGGCGCCGGCGAGCCAUUCGCCACGAUGGCCGCUGUGACCGCGGUGGCUGCCGCGAAGGGGAAGAGCAAGGGGACCUCCGCGGACCACUCGUUUUCACAGAACCUGAUGAACACCAUGCAGUCCAGCGUGUCGAUGACCGCGGCCACGUCGGAGGUGGUGUCCUCCUUCAGCAACGCGCUGAGCGCGGUGGUCGGAGGCAGCGCUACAGAGACGUCGGCCGACGACAGCGCGGCGACCACGGCCGCCACGACGAUGGACCCCGACGUGGCGCUGCAGGCCUCGCAGCUGCUGCUGACCGUCGCGGGCGCCUCUGGGUCCCUCGCGGAGAGCAUGGACGUGGGGACGGCCAGCACACUCCUCGGCGUGGUGGGCACGCUGGUCGGGUCGACGCUCGGCGGCCGCAGCAGCGGCGCGCGGUCGAUCUCCAACCCGAACAGCACCGAGGAGCUCCUGGCCGAGAACGUCUUCAGUAGCAUGAACUCCAUCGGCGAUGCUCUCAUCAUCGAUGCUGAGGUCGGGGUACCGUCCAGCGUCUCCUCCGGCAGCAUGGUGCUCACGGCCAUGAAGCUGGACGUUGCGUCGAUGGCCUCGAGCGGGGCGUCGAUGGCCGGCUUCAGCCUGCCUGCCACGGACGUCUCCGGCCCUCUGGCAGCUGCGUCCUGCGCCGCCAGCGAGGUGGGCCUCCAGGUCAUCCAGUGGUCCAGGAGCCCCCUCGCCUACGCUGGAGCGGCUACCACGGCCACCGACUCUGCCAUCCAGACCGCCCUCGCGGAGGGGCGCGGCGGGGAGCACGGCAGGGAUGGACACGCCUGCAGCAGCAGCUGCUGGCUCCACGCAGCAGGUGGCGCCUGCGGGGGCGAGAAGGCCCGCGCCGCGCGCACCGCGGCCACGGGGCCAGAGAGCUGCCCCACCUCGAAGUCGAACUUCGGGCGGAUCAGCGGCAUCAACCUGUCGCCGCUCGACAUGUGCUGCUCGUACGCCGCAGCAUUCACCGUCAGAUCAAGGGUGGGCGGCGCCUUCUCAGUGCACGUCGGGACCGACCACGCGGGCGCACUGGCAGCGCCGCGGAUGUCCCUGAAGUUGCUCAUCGGCAUGGUGACGACGUGGAAGCUGAUGUCGUCGAUCGUGACCAUGCCCGACUUGACGUACCCGCCCGCGCGGACCCUUUUGAUCUCAACCCACCUGGACACAGACCAUUUGCUGAGAUGGUCGGACAAGCGCUCAGCCUUCAUCAGUGUCAGCAGCGACGAGCUGUUCUCGAGACCCCUGAACAGCUGGAAGUACGUUCUCUCGUUGAUGACGGUGAUGCCAGCAGAGUCCAGACCUGCGUCGAUGCUGGCGCCAGUCUUGUCCGACACCUGCACUUCGCCCCCCUGGUCUGGGACGGCAACGGCGUCGACGCCCUUGGUCAGCGCAAUCUGGACCAUGUCAUUCCACUUCCGCACCCUCUCGGCGUGGUUGGCCUUUUGCUUCUCGACCCUGUGGUUGGCCAAGAUCUGGGCCAUCAUGGGUUUCGCCAUGGCGACGACCAGCUUCAUCAACAGAUUGGCAAGCCUGAACAAGUUAGAUGGUACGCAGCUGUCGACAAUCUUGAUCACCGUCUCGGCGAGGUCGAAGCUGUACUUGGUAGUCUUGAUCAUGGCCGCGUUCAUGCGCGUGUGCGCGACAUGCACGGUCGAAAUGUCCUCCACAUCCAUGUCGCUCGUCAAAGGGUUGUCAGCCAAGAACUCCUUCAGCGUUGUCGUGAGCUUCCUCCUCGCCUUCGUGUCGACCCCGAGGAUCGCCAGGACAGCCGCUGUGAACUGCGAGAUCUCCUCCGCUGUGUCCUUCGCCGCAAGGCGUACUCCGUACCGCAGCAUCCUGCCCAUCUCAGCGAGGUCCCUGUCGUUCUGCUCCACCUCCUUCACGGAGUAA